GAAUCAACUUGAACUGCGCAGAUUCUUUCUACUUACUUUUGAAAGACAACUUGUCUGUCCGAACUCCGAACUGGCCGGACGGUAUAUCGCUUCGCCCACCAUCAACAUCGCCAGUUGAAUUAACUUUGGCUGUAUACACUUCACAUACUUUAGCAUAAGCACGGGCCAAACUUUAUGUAUUCAUGUAGUAUUUUCGUAUUGUUUGUUGAAUGUUGGCUCAAAGUAACGCAGUCUUUUUAGAAUUGAUUCAGUCGAAAAGCGUCUACCGCAGCGUGUGUAGUGUUGAUGCCAACGGAUUUUCAUUUCAUUUUCGAAGAUACUUCGCCUGUAAUAUAAAAAGUUUUCGCAUCUAUUAUAGCCUUCACGCUAUUGGUUUAUUUCCGAAUGCAAAUUAAUGUCGAAUUCGGCGAAAAGAAAGUGCUAUUAAAAGUGAAUUCCAAGUUGAAACAACUUAAAGUAUCUUAUUAUCGGGUGUUGGUUUAUUACAAUAUUCAUGUGAUUUAAAAGUGAUACCAAAGAUUGAUAGAAUUGAUAACUUUUGAGAAUAAAAAGUUUCAAGAAUAGUUUUUUUUUCAAUUACGAUUAUUUGUGUUGUGAAAAAAGUGUUAGUUUAAAAAAAUGAGAUCUUUACCAAUUUUAAACAAAACCAAGUCUCUACUCACCAACUUACCCGAAAUUUCACUUAUUUCGCAAAGUCAACGUCAACGUUCAACAACCUGUCCACAUGCUGCAACUGCAACUGCUACCUCUGGCGGUAGUACAGAUGUUUCCUCUAGCAAAGAAUGGGAAAAUGCACUGCCAUACCAUGAAGUACCUGGGCCAAAACCAUUACCAAUUCUUGGUAAUACCUGGCGAAUGAUGCCAAUUAUUGGACAGUAUACAAUUUCAGAUGUAGCCAAAAUUUCAUCACUUCUACACGAGAGAUAUGGACGAAUAGUACGAUUUAGUGGAUUAAUAGGAAGGCCAGACUUACUGUUUAUCUAUGAUGUUGAUGAAAUUGAAAAGUGCUACAGAAAUGAAGGUCCAACACCAUUCCGUCCUUCAAUGCCUAGUCUAGUAAAGUACAAAAGUGUUGUGCGAAAAGAUUUUUUCGGAGAUCUUGGUGGAGUUGUUGGAGUUCAUGGAGAAGCUUGGCGACAAUUUCGAUCACGAGUUCAAAAACCUGUGCUUCAACUAUCGACAGUACGUCGAUAUUUAGGUCCAUUAGAAGAAGUAACCAAUGAUUUUCUAAAAAGAUGUGAAACUUUGCUGGAUGCAAAUUCUGAACUGCCUGACGAUUUUGAUAAUGAAAUUCACAAAUGGUCUUUAGAAUGUAUUGGACGUGUUGCUCUCGAUGCUCGUUUGGGCUGCUUAGAACCAAACCUCUCUGAAGAUUCAGAACCACAACAAAUCAUCAAUGCUGCCAAAUAUGCUCUACGUAAUGUUGCAACCCUCGAAUUAAAAGCGCCAUAUUGGCGAUAUUUCCCAACACCGUUAUGGACGCGCUACGUCAAUAACAUGAAUUUCUUCGUUGAAGUUUGUAUGAAAUAUAUUAAAAGUGCCACAGACCGAAUGAAAUCAGAGGGAUAUACUCAAACUGGAGAACCGUCACUUUUAGAAAAGGUUAUUCUCACUGAAAAAGACGACAAAAUAGCAACAAUUAUGGCGUUGGAUCUUAUUCUUGUUGGAAUUGACACUAUAUCCAUGGCAGUUUGUUCGAUGUUAUACCAAUUGGCCAUUCGACCAGAAGAACAAGAAAAAGUUCGUGAAGAACUCAGAAGAGUGCUGCCAACCCCCGAUACACCUCUGACAAUACAACUUCUAGACCAAAUGCAUUAUUUGAAAGCUUUUAUACGAGAAGUUUUUAGAGUUUACAGUACAGUAAUUGGUAAUGGGAGGACGUUGCAGGAAGAUACUGUGAUAUGUGGCUAUCAAAUUCCAAAAGGGGUUCAAGCUGUAUUCCCUACAAUUGUAACAGGAAACAUGGAAGAAUAUGUUACUGAUGCGGGAACUUUUAAACCUGAACGUUGGUUGAAGUCAAAUCAAGGCGAAGGUAAACUACAUCCGUUUGCUUCUUUGCCAUAUGGUUAUGGUGCUCGUAUGUGCCUUGGACGGAGAUUCGCCGAUUUGGAAAUGCAAAUUUUACUAUCCAAAUUAAUAAGAAACUACAAGCUAGAAUUUAAUCAUAAACCCUUGGAAUAUGCUGUUACCUUUAUGUAUGCACCUGAAGGAGCGCUGAAAUUCAAGAUGACAAAAGUGUGAAAGUUACGCCUGGCCUGAGAUUAUUUAUUUAUUUUUUGUGUAUAAUAAAUAAGUCUAUCUACCUUCUAAA